AUGUAUGGGGUUAAGAAGCUGGGGCUGGCCCUGAUCAGGCAGGGAGUCGCUCCCCUCAUUCAGGCACACUUGUGCUCAGAAAAGCAUGAGAACUGGCGCGGCUCAUUUGCCAGGCAGCGGCGGAAAACACCGCUUUUGCCCAGCGGUAUCAGGACGAGGACCGAUUCGGCCCCGCUUGUCAACAUAAUCUAUCAACAAGUUCACCGGGCAAACGGGUGUCGGAGGUCUCGUAAGCUUGCAACCAAAACUGGAAUGUGUGGCAGGCAUACCAGGUGCACGCCAUAUUGCGCCGGUAGCCAUGUUGCCCAAGGACGGGGAUGCUGUGCUGAUGGCUCGGUCCCCGAAGGAAAACGUAUCAACCCCCAGGGCGCCAAAGACUCGUCGCCACCGUUGUCCGAAAAGCAAGGCAGCAAGUAG